UUAUCAUUCCCAAUGCAUAGCAGUCUCACUGAGGCGCACAGAGAGAGAGAGAGAGAGAGAACCACCAAUGUCGAACCACCAAGACGACCUGGACCUCCUUCUCUCCCUCCAAGAGAGAGUUUUGGAAACCCCUCCUGGGUCUCCUUCACCCCAUUCGCCAGGGUACCUUUCGGAUGAUGGAUCGCAGAGGCGAGCUGGGGAGGUGGACAUGUCUGUCUUCAAAAAUGCUGUGCAAGACUGCCUUGAUUACGAGCCCAAGCCAGUUCAGAAAGCUGGAAGAUUGAAGGAAUCCAAGGCCUCCAAUGAUGCUGAGGUUGAGAAAUUCUCGGGCUUGCGGAUAAGGAAACAAUUGGUCAGCCAGGCAGAGCUCAGGGAGCGGUUUUCAGACAUUCGAUUUGUUCGGUUAACAACUAUAAAGAAUUUGUUGGUAGGGGACACUCUUUCGGGCUGUUGGGCAACUGUUGGAGUGUUGACCGAGAAGGGGGCUCCAAAAACCAGUUCUACGGGGAAGAACUAUUGUAUAUGGAAGAUUGGGUGUCUGAAUGAAAAUACUGUUUCCCUUUUCUUGUUUGGUGAUGCUUAUCAGAAGAACUGUAAGGAGCAGGCUGGAACAGUCUUUGCAUUGUUCAAUUGUGCUGUACGCAAGGAUGCAAUGGGUACGGGGUUUUCUGUGAGUGUGUACUCUCCUAGUCAAAUUUUAAAGAUUGGCACUUCAGCCGAUUAUGGAGUUUGCAAGGGAAAAAGGAAGGAUGGGAUGCUGUGCACGCUAGUCAUAAAUAAACGCAGUGGGAUAUAUUGUAAAUAUCAUAAAUCGAAAGCAUCAGAGAAAUAUUUCACAACACGAACUGAGCUCAAGGGAGGGAAUCUAGGAACGGCAUUUAGGGAUUCUCUUAACUCGGAAGGGAUUUACAUGGUUGAUCCUUUAGCUGACAGGACAAACUUCAAAAAGUCCAUGCAGCCAAUAAAAUUACUGUCUGUAGAAGGACUUAAAAAGGCAUUGAGUAAUGCAGGUAAAGUGACUACAAAUGCACACUCACAAGGGAUAAGGUUUCUCACUGAAGUUACAGGGAAAAUGGGUUCAAAAGAUAGAAAUAAAGAAUCGAUAUUGCCAAAGCAACCCAUCAACAGUUCAGAGAAGAGGAAAUCAUCUACCAUGAAAGCAGAAUCAUCUGUAAUGAGGAAUCAGCAACUGGACGCCAAAAGAAAGAAAACUGAGCAGCAGGGGCUAGGUGUGGUAGACAAAACCAAGCAGAAUACAGGAAAGCUGAUUGAAUUAGAUUUUGUUAGUUCAGAUGAAGAAUUGUGAGUGACAGAACCAUGGAUUUAUAUUUGAUGGUUGUGAACUGCAGCUCCUAAAAGAUGCAAUUUGGUGGAAAUAUCUAUCCUGAGGACUCAAUCAGAAGAUCCAUUAUUUUUCUAAAAUGGAGUCUGAUUAGAAAAUGGAUAUCCCUUAUAUAUACAACAAACGCUUAGUCCUGUGAGGGAAAGAAUUGAGAAAGUUGCAGUCUCCUGUAAGAUUCUUAUUGUCCUAUUCUUUCCUAUAAGGAAUUCACAUUCCUUUAAUGUAUGAAUCAAAUUUAAUCCUUGGAGUAUGUUGUAAGAUCAAAGACUUUGCAACUUGUUACAUACAUUUAUCGAAGACUUUAGUGGAGAGCCCCUCUUUUUUA